AUGGAGACAUCGCAUCCGGAUGCCCUGCCUACAACUCAACCUUCGCUCCCGUCAGAAGAACCCGAGCAACCCACCCUACCUACCAUCACAACUCCUCUACCAGAGUCUACAUCAACGCCGCAGUCCGAAGAUGCUCCCCAAUCUGCCGUCGAUCCCCGUCUCAUCCAGCCUACUCGCCAACGCGCCGACUCGCAGUCCACUGUUGCUACCUCCCGCUCAACAACCCGUUCAUCCAUGGUCUUUGUUGUGAGUGCUUUGGAAAAGAUUGCCGCCUCCAAGGAUGCUCGUAAGGAGAAGCCUCUGGCAGAUGCUACCCAGCGUGCCUUGUCAACAAUCAAGAGCCAUGGAGAUCCCACCCAGACAGAUCCCGAGAUUCUGUUCGCGCCCCUACAAUUGGCUAGCCGCGCAAAUACCGUCGCCAUUGUUACUGCCGCUCUAGACUGCAUCGGCAAACUUAUCAGUUACUCCUACUUUUCUGUUCCUACAGACCCGAACCAUGAAAACCAGCAACCUCUGCCACUCAUUGAGCGUGCCAUCGACACCAUAUGCGACUGCUUCCAAGGCGAAACCACCCCUGCCGAGGUGCAAAUGCAAAUCCUCAAAUCCUUGUUGGCUGCCAUUCUCAACGACAAGAUUGUCGUCCACGGUGCAGGCCUGCUUAAGAGUGUUCGUCAAACAUACAACAUCUUCCUGCUGUCCAAGAAUAGCUCCAACCAACAAAUUGCUCAAGGUACCUUGACACAGAUGGUUGGGACCGUUUUCGAGAGGGUAAAGGCACGGAUUGCUGGACGUGCUGCCAGGGCUGAAUCUUCCAAGUCACCCCAUGCCAACGAUGCCGCUGACGCCGUCGAGUCGCCCUCAGAGGGCGCAGAAAAUGGGUUACCACGAGCUUCCACUGACUUGCAGGAAGAGGAAGAAGAGGAUGUUGACACGACCAGAAUGACUCUCCAGACAUUCGAGACUAAGAAGAGUUUCGAUGAUGCUCGGAUAGGUGACAAUGCUCCUACUAUGGUCACCCGCCUAAAGAAGUCACGAAUGCCUCCCCGGACCAAUUCUGGCAAUGAUGGCGUUCCCGCCAUCACCGUACAGCCCGAUGGUUCUGACAUUACCGAGGAAGACGAGGAAGACGAAAUCUUCAUUAAGGACGCCUUCCUAGUAUUCCGUGCAAUGUGCAAACUCAGUACAAAAACGCUUCGUGUCGAGGAGACUGUUGAUCUGAGAUCUCAGGGGAUGCGUUCGAAGCUGCUGUCCCUUCACAUCAUCCAGACUACCAUCUUCAAUCACCAUGCCGUCUUCACUUCACCAUUUGCGACUAUUCGUAGUAGCUCCAACAACGAUCCAACAAGCUUCACACAGGCAAUCAAACAAUAUAUCUGCCUUAGUUUGAGUCGCAAUGGAGCUAGCUCUGUGAACAAAGUGUUCGAAAUUAGUUGCGAAAUCUUUUGGCUCAUGAUCCGCUACUUGCGAGUCACGCUCAAAAGAGAAAUCGAGGUUUUCCUCAAGGAGAUCUAUCUCGCAAUCUUGGACAAGCGGACAGCGCCUGCAUUCCAGAAACAAUGCAUCAUUACAGUCUUGACCAGACUGGCUUCGGACCCGAGGGCACUGGUUGAACUCUAUCUCAAUUAUGAUUGCGACCGAGCAGCACUCGACAACUUUUACCAACGUAUCAUUGAACACCUUUCCAGGAUUGCCAGUUCGCCUGUGCAGGUCACGGCGCAGCAGGAAUUGUUGUACAUUGAGCAGCAGUCAAAGCAUGGUAAUGCUAUGUCCGAAUGGUUAGCCCAGAGUACUCUACCUCCCUCUUUAUCUACCUCGACAAUCGCCAGCGUUCCAGAUGUCAACCAAGACAUACCUGCAGAAUACAUCAUGAAGCAGCAUUCUCUUGAGUGUCUGAUAGAGACGCUACGUUCUAUGGUCAACUGGUCUCAGCAAGGACUCAACGACGUUGCUGCAUCACUCUCAAAUCCUGAAUCGCGCGAUUCAAUAGAAGACUUCAGAGACUCGAUCGACGCUCGUGAAAAUGGCAUUGCUCAAUCGCCUAUUGUACCGAGCGUGGAGGCUCCUGCGAAUGCAGUGGCUGGCACUCCCCUUGCUGAGGAUGACCCUGCCGAGCUUGAAAGAGUCAAACAACACAAGACUGCGCUUAACAAUGCCAUUAAACAGUUCAACUUCAAGCCUAAGAAGGGUAUCAAAGUUCUGGUCGCUGGUGGCUUCAUCCCCUCGGAUUCACCUCAAGAUGUCGCCCGAUUCCUCAUUUCCAAUGAUCGAUUAGACAAAAAAGCUCUCGGUGAGUUCCUUGGAGAAGGCGAACCAGAGAAUAUUGCCAUCAUGCAUGCUUUCGUGGACAGCAUGGAUUUUACCAAGACACGAUUUGUCGAUGCUCUUAGAAAUUUCCUGCAAAGUUUCCGUCUUCCGGGAGAGGCUCAGAAGAUCGAUCGUUUGAUGCUGAAAUUCGCCGAAAGAUAUACUGGAGGUAACCCUAAUGCGUUCGCGAAUGCCGAUACUGCCUAUGUGCUAGCAUAUUCAGUUGUUAUGCUCAAUACCGAUCAGCACAGCGCACAGGUCAAGGUUCGCAUGACUCCUGAAGAUUUUAUCAAGAACAAUCGUGGCAUCAACGAUGGUCAGAGUCUGCCAGAUGACUACCUCAAGUCUAUCUUCGAGGAAAUCGCUCAAAAUGAGAUUGUCCUGGAUACUGAGCGGGAGAACGCUGCCAAUCUAGGCAUGUUGCCGCAGGGCACCGGUAGCUUGGCUGCAAACAUCGGUCAAGCGGUUGCCAACUUUGGUCGUGAUCUGCAAAGAGAGGCGUAUGCUCAAGCCUCGGAUCAAAUGGCUACCAAGACGGAACAACUUUUCAAGAACCUCAUGAAAGCUCAGCGUCGCGGAGCUGCCAAGUCGUCUUUGGUCAGAUUCAUUCCUGCAUCCUCAUUCAAACAUGUCGGCCCGAUGUUUGAAGUGACCUGGAUGUCUUUCCUGACCGCGCUUUCUGGCGGAAUCCAAGAAACAAACAACAUUGAGAGGAUCAGGCUCUGUAUGGAAGGCCAAAAGUUGGCUAUCCGGAUUUGCUGCUUGUUCGACCUCGCGGAUCCCCGACAGGCUUUUAUCGGUUCCCUCGCUCGCUUUACAAACCUCUACAAUAUUGGGGAGAUGAAGGCGAAGAACAUCGAGGCUCUGAAAGCUGUUCUCGAUGUUGCACAAAACGAAGGCAACUUACUAAAGGAAUCAUGGCGAGACAUCCUUACGUGCAUAAGUCAACUCGACAGAUUCCAGCUCAUUUCCACCGGUGUGAGCGAGGGGGACGUUCCCGAUAUGUUGAGAACACACUCUUCUAUGAGCACACCUAACCGCAAAUCUCUUGGUGUUCCUCCUCGUCACCGCAACAGAAACUCCGUCAGUGGCAUAGUCUAUCAACCCGAUGUUGCCGAGGAGAGCAGAUCUGCCGACAUGGUUCGCAGCGUUGAUCGUAUUUUUACUAACACUGCCAAUUUGUCAGGAGAUGCGAUCGUUCACUUUGUCACAGCCCUUACUCAAGUCAGCUGGCAGGAGAUCCAGUCGUCUGGAAACAGCGAGUCUCCUAGAACUUAUAGUCUGCAGAAGCUGGUCGAGAUCAGUGGCUACAACAUGACUCGUGUUCGUUUCGAAUGGACGAGCAUUUGGCAAGUGCUGGGUGAACACUUCAUCCAGGUCGGCUGCCACAACAACACGAACGUCGUUUACUUUGCUCUCAACUCACUGAGACAAUUGUCAAUGCGCUUCAUGGAGAUCGAAGAAUUGCCUGGUUUUAAAUUCCAAAAAGACUUCUUGAAGCCUUUCGAACACAUUCUGAGCAAUGCUACACAAGUUCCUGUCAAAGACAUGGUCUUGCGCUGUCUGAUCCAGAUGAUCCAAGCCAGGGGAGACAACAUUCGCUCCGGAUGGAAGACUAUGUUCGGUGUUUUCACUGUCGCCGCUCGUGAGCCUUAUGAAUCAAUUGUGAAUCUCGCCUACGACAAUGUCACACAAGUCUACAACGACCGCUUCGCUGUGGUUAUCACCCAGGGUGCUUUUGCUGACCUUAUCGUCUGCUUGACCGAGUUCUCCAAGAACCACAAGUUCCAGAAAAAGUCUCUGCAAGCCAUUGAGAUGCUCAAGUCUUCCGUUUCAAAGAUGCUUCGUACACCUGAGUGCCCACUUAGUGUUAAAGCCAGCACAGUCAAAGAUGCUCCUACAGCAGAGGGUAUGCCCAAACAACCUACCAGACAGACUCAAGAAGAGCAAUUUUGGUUCCCUGUUCUGUUUGCUUUCCAUGAUGUGUUGAUGACUGGCGAUGAUCUCGAAGUCCGAUCCAGGGCGCUCAAUUACUUGUUCGAGACAUUAACACGAUAUGGCGGUGACUUCCCUCGCGAAUUCUGGGACACUCUAUGGCGCCAGCUGCUCUACCCUAUCUUCAUGGUCUUAAAAUCAAAGUCAGAGAUGUCGAAGGCUCUCAACCACGAAGAGCUUUCGGUAUGGCUAUCGACAACCAUGAUACAAGCGCUUCGCAACAUGAUCAGUCUUUUCACACACUUCUUCGAUUCUCUCGAGUACAUGCUUGAUCGGUUCUUGGAUCUUUUGGCACUUUGCAUCUGCCAAGAGAACGACACUUUGGCUAGGAUCGGGAGCAACUGCUUGCAACAACUUAUUCUUCAAAACGUCCACAAGUUUACUCCUGGACAUUGGGAAAAAGUUGUUGGCGCUUUCGUCGACUUGUUCGCACGAACCGAAGCGACAGCUCUCUUCUCAGCAGCAACUUCUUCCUCGUACAGGAAAGAUUCCAGUGCCUCGAACGGCUCCAAGGCUGCUCCAGCACCGAUGGACGGCCUUUCGAUGACCGAAACUCCUUCUGCAGAUCCAGCGUCUAUACCAUCAGAGAGUCCUUUGAGCAUGAACGGGGAAGAACACCCUCCGAGCGAGGGAUCGCCCAGACGUCCCCGGGGCAAUACCACGGCUACUAUGCAAUCCGACCGAAGUUUGUCUCCUUCAAAGCAGGCACAGAUUGGCGAAGGUAACGAGCUCGAGUCCUUCAAUAACACGUCGCAAACACCCAACGCGCCAGUGGUCGUCACUGCAGCACGUCGCCGUUUCUUCAAUCAGAUCAUCACCAAGUGUGUCUUACAACUGCUGAUGAUUGACACUGUCAGCGAGUUGUUCUCCAACGACUCCGUGUACGCUGCCAUUCCUUCUCAUCUGUUGCUGCGCUUGAUGGCAUUGCUCAAGAAGUCGUACCACUUCGCCAAACGCUUCAACGAAGAUCGCGAGUUGCGUACGAAGUUGUUCAGAGAAGGCUUCAUGCGUCAGCCCCCGAACUUGCUCAAGCAGGAGUCCGGAUCAGCAUCCGUUUAUGUUAGUAUUCUUCUGCGAAUGUUCUCUGAUGAAGGAGAGGAGCGCAAAGCAUCACGCACCGAGACGGAACAGGCACUCAUCCCUCUCUGUGCCGACAUUGUAAGCUCUUAUAUCGAGCUCGAUGAGGAUACACAACAACGCAACAUCAUGACUUGGCGACCUGUUGUGGUUGAUGUGCUUGAAGGAUACACGGCCUUCCAUGCCGAUGAUUUCGAGCGUCACGCCACCACUUUCACACCGCUUGCCGUUGGCCUCAUGAAUCGCGAUAUGGGUCCCGAGCUCCAGCGAGCGGUGCAAGGACUAUGGGCUCGCGUUACCGAGAUCAAAUUUGGUGUGAAGACAUUUGCUCAUACCGGGAAGACGAUGUCGGGAUUGACUAGCCCCACUAGACAUUCUAUGUUCAGCGGGCGUCGUUCGAGCAAAGGCAGUCAUUAG